AUGCUGAAGACGAACUCCAAGUCACUCGGAGUGCCCACCGGCAAUGGCGCGAUACCCUUGUCCGUUGCCGCAGGCUGGGUCGGCUUGGUCUGGUACCUGACCGUGUCGGUCGUGUGUGGUCUUGGAUAUUUCCAGAUUCGGCGAUUUUUCAUGCAACGACCUCGACGGUCAACAUUGAGUCACGAUCGCAACGCCCCUCAUGUCACUGCUAUCCGACCGGUCAAGGGCCUUGAACCCAACCUUUACGACUGCCUUGCUGCGACGUUCCAGCAGGAUUAUCCACGCGACAAACUGACGGUUUGUCUCUGUGUGGCGACCCGCGACGACCCGGCUUACUCGACACUAUGCCAAUUACUUCGCGAUUUUCCAGAGGUUGAUGCGCGGAUCUAUGUUGAAGAGGAAGACCCUCUGCUCCAGGGCAACGGGCCGGAUGCGUACCACUUGGGUCCGAAUCCCAAGAUCCGCAACAUGAGCCGCGCAUACCGUGAAGCCAAAGGCGAUAUUGUGUGGAUCAUCGACUGCAAUGUCUGGGUUGGAAAGGGGGUCUGUGGGCGGAUGGUGGAACGUCUUUGUGGAACGGGAACCACCUCAAGCCGGAAAUACAAGUUUGUUCACCAUCUGCCGGUCGCCGUAGAUGUCACGGGCGAGAUCGAUUCGAGCGGAGAGCGACAAGCACUCCUUGAUAAUCGUACAAAUGCGACUCUGAGCGGGGGAGUUGACGGGCUGGGCCUGGCAAUGAGGCGGCCAGAGGAUGGUUGGGCGAGCAUGAUGGAGACAGGCGGUGGCCGCCUGGAAGAGUUGUUCCUUUCAUCAUCCCACGCGAAGAUGUACACUGCCAUCAACACGGUCCUCAUUGCUCCGUGCAUUGUGGGAAAGUCCAACAUGUUUCGUCGCUCGCAUCUCGAUUAUUUAACGGCACCGGCUCUGGGAGAGCCUUGCAAGCGACACCCUGGAGUUGACUACUUCUCGGACAACAUCUGUGAAGACCACUUGAUUGGAGAUCUUCUGUGGCGGCGGCAGAUUCGAGAGGAAAAGGAGUUUGGUGAACACUGGGGCAAGCAUGCCAUGGUUUUCGGAGACCUCGCGAUUCAGCCAGUGGCAAACAUGAGCGUACGAGGGUAUAUCGCCCGCCGGAUCAGGUGGCUACGAGUGCGCAAAUUCACUGUGCUCUUGGCCACGCUUGUUGAGCCAGGAACUGAAUCCUUCUUGUGUACGCUUUACGGCGCAUGGGGAAUCACAACUGCACUGGCGCCGUAUCUCGAGCAGAACGGAUAUCACUUCGCCGGUCGCCUCACUACAUGGACCGCAUUUUUUGCCGUGUUUGUGCUGGGCAUUGCUCUCUGGAUCGCGACUGAUUGGACCCUGUACAUCAACUUGCAUUCUUCUCGAGCCAUCGAAGUCGACGAUGACACUCCGGUUUUCGCUCGGCCAAGCCAACGACCCUCUCGAGCGACACGGCGGCCGUUUCUCCAAUGGCUCGUUGCCUGGCUUGGUCGAGAACUUCUUGCUUUGCCUAUCUGGUUUAUAGCUGUUUAUGGCGGCGUCACCGUUGUGUGGCGAGGCCGACGCUUCAGAGUUGGAUUCGAUGCCAAAGUUCGUGAGGUUCGCGAUGGUCAGUCUCAACCGGGAGCCUCGUCGCCAGGAUCGCCAUCGCCCGGGUCAGUCGGCGAUCGGCUCUCUGCAAUGCCACGCACGAGUGGUAGUGGAAGUGGGAAAGCUCGCCGCGACUGA